AACUUGGUGUUGUUUCAAAGGUACUCAGAGUAAUGCUACCAACAUUUUAAAUUUGAUUACAUUUUAUUGUGAAAUAUAUUAAGUUUGAUUCAAUAAAUGUAUAAUUAUGUUGCUUAUGUAUCAUGCUUUUAGUGAUCAAAUAUUGUAUUAAUAUGCAUAAGAAUUUCUAGCUGUUGACUAGUGUAUGCCCAAGUCAUGAAAUCAAAAUUGCUGACUCUAAAGUAUGAACUGCCUUUACCAACUCUUUGAAACAUUUCACCUUAAGCAAUUCACAGUGCAAUAUGGUUCAAUAUUGAAGUUCACCAAUGUUCAUUUGUGUAACAUGAAUGGAAACUGAAAGUAUUGAGUAAUGUCAGGCCCUCAGGGCACUUGUUCUAUUCUUCGAACCAAAGUCCUCUCUCUUUUUCCUUGCAUCCCAUAAAGAAACCAAGGAAAGAAAGAAAUACAGCUAUUCAAAUAUGUUAACUUCUUUUGAUAAUAAAUUAUGACAAAGUCAAAUUUCAAUUGUUCUACACGUAAGAAAUAUCUUCUGAGAUAAUUUACAUGAAUCAACAAGGCAAGAGAAUGUGAUUAUUCGGUAUGAAUAAUAAUACUCAAAAAAGAAUAAAUUUGUCUGAUAAAAGAUAAAUUUUAUCCCUUACAAUUUUUUUGAAGGAUGAGAUUGGUGUUUAUUGUAAAUAAAUAAAAGGCAUCUAAUGCAACAAGAUGCCUAACUUUAGAGAAUAAGUGUGACCCUUUAUUUGGUCCCAAAUCAAAGUGGCAUUUCCCAUGUGAUCAUGACAGAUACAUGUACAUUUAUUUACAUUUUCGGCCGAGUACUUAUCUGCCAUACUUUUAACCUUAAUAGUAGUGUAAAACUUUGUACAGUGCUUAAAAAUUAAACUUGGAGGAAAAAAUGGAUUCUUUGCCCCUUUUUAUCAAAUCUAGAGCAGGUAAUAGCACAACCACUGGGAAACAGAAUUGAACAAAUUACAUCAGAAAUUCAGAAUCAAGGCAAGGACAAAUAUGGAUGCUGUUUGAAGAAGUCAUUGAUUCAUAGCUCUUUUGCUUUCCCGGUUGGGGUGGAAGAAGUCAUUGAUUCAUAGCUCUUUUUCACAAUGCAUUUCAUCAAACUCAAUAAUCUUCUUGUGAUAGCUUUGGUUUCAACUUCACUACUAUCUUCUUAUGCGUACCCUGGCUUCAACUUUGGUUGGGGUGGAAGAAACCAUGGAAGUAGGGGAGGAAUAUCUUAUGGUCUUUCUCCUCAGUUCUACCAAUUCUCAUGCCCUCAAGCCAAUGACAUUGUCAUGUCAGUGUUGGAGAAAGCCAUGGCUAAAACCAUGAGAAUUGCUGCUUCUCUUCUUAGACUUCACUUCCAUGAUUGCUUUGUCCAGGGCUGUGAUGCUUCGAUUUUGCUGGACGAUAGCCCUGCAAUAGUAAGCGAAAAAAACUCUGGCUCGAACAAGAAUUCCGUCCGAGGUUUUGAAGUGAUCGACGAGAUCAAGGCUAAGUUGGAAGAAGCAUGCCCUCAGACUGUGUCUUGUGCAGACAUUCUUGCUCUUGCAGCAAGAGGCUCCACUAUUCUUAGUGGAGGGCCUAACUUGGAGCUACCAUUAGGGAGGAGAGACUCGAGAACAGCAAGUUUAAUUGGUUCAAACAACAUUCCACCACCAAAUGCCACCAUUCAAAAUCUAAUAACAUUUUUCAAGCGUCAAGGCCUUGAUGAAGUUGACCUUGUUGCCCGCUCAGGUGCACAUACAAUUGGGGUGGCAAGGUGUGCAACAUUCAAGCAAAGACUAUACAACCAAAAUGGAAAGAACGAAGCAGACGUGUCAAUAGAAAGAACAUUCUACUUUGGUCUCAAAACAGUGUGUCCAAGAUCAGGUGGUGACAACAACAUUUCCCCAUUGGACUUUGGUUCUCCCAGGAUGUUUGAUAACACUUACUUCAAGUUCAUUCUUCAAGGAAGAGGCUUACUCAAUUCUGAUCAAGUUCUUCUCUCUGGUGGUGUCAUCAAGACUCAAGAACUUGUCAAGAAAUAUGCUCAAGAUGAGGCUUUCUUCUUCCAACAAUUUGCCAUGUCUAUGAUCAAAUUGGGAAACCUUCGACCCAUUACCGGUUUUAACGGCCAAGUUAGAAAGAAUUGUCGCCGAGUUAAUUAAUAAUUAAGUAUAAUCAUGCGUUUAAUUAGUAAUAUUAUUGACAUGAUGAUGAUAUAUAAAAGUAGUAAAAUUUUAUGUA